UCCAAACAUUUAUCUAUCUCAUUUCACAACGGUAAUAUUUGAUUACACAGAAUGAGGAAGAGAAAAGGUGCAACAAGAUCUGAGACCAACUUCAACUCUGCAUCAUCUUGUGCGGAAGAAGAACAAUCCGUUCAAGUUGAACUACAACACAACCAAAACGAAAACGAAGGUGGUGAUGGAGAAGGAUUCUUCGCUUGUUACCUACUAGCCUCUCUCAAUCCCCGUUUCAAAGGCCACACUUACAUAGGAUUCACGGUGAACCCGCGGCGGAGGAUCAGACAACACAAUGGGGAAAUUGGAUGUGGAGCUUGGAGAACAAAGAAGAAGAGGCCUUGGGAGAUGGUUUUGUGUAUAUAUGGCUUUCCAACAAACGUCUCUGCUCUUCAGUGUGACUGUCAGCAUAAAAUUGGAGUUUGCUAUUUUGAAUGGGCUUGGCAACACCCUGUUGAAUCAUUGGCUGUAAGAAAAGCAGCUGUUGGUUUUAAAUCCCUCUCAGGAAUAGCCAAUAAGAUCAAACUUGCAUACACAAUGCUUACCCUUCCAUCUUGGCAGAGCAUGAAUAUGACAGUGAACUUCUUCUCGACGAAAUACAUGAAACAUUGCGCCGGUUGUCCAAACUUGCCGCAACACAUGACUGUUGAGAUGGGUUCGAUGGAUGAACUUCCAUGUUAUACUGAAAGAAUUGAUGGUUUGUUAGAGAAUGAAGAUGAUAGUACUGAUGAAGUGGAAUUUGAUGAUAGCAACAAUGCUAGUACUAGUGGUGGUUCUGUUCCAGAUGCAAGUGAUGAUUCUAUAACUGCUGAUUCACCGAAAAAUAUGAAUCAUAUUGACAAGGUUAGUGAACCGUUUGGGUGGAACGAAGAAUCUGAAGCUAGAGAACCACCAGGCCAUUCAUUCACUCCACAAGAGCAGAGUGAAUCAUUUGGUUCAAUCUCAUCGCCCAAGGGGAAAUCAUCAUCGACGACUUCAUCAAAGAGAGGAGUGAUCGAAGACACUGAUUUUGUAAGUUCGAUGAAAACAAGUAAUGGUGAAUCAAGUAAGCCAGAUUCGGAACAAACAGGUGCCGUUGAUGUCAGAGGUGCAUUCUUUGUGCCCCGUCAUGCUGAGAUAAUUGAUUUGUCUACCCCUUCUCCCAGUUGUAGAAACGUUAUAGAUAGAAAGAAGAAAAGAGUUUCCUCCUCAGUUAGUUCUGAGUUUAUUGACUUAACAAUGUCCCCCAACUUCAUCCAACUGUAAUGAUUUCUCACACUAAUUUGGUGAGAGAGUCGAUCCAGAUGGAUGUUCAUGGUACUAUAUCACUUGAGAGAUGUCAGCUCUUUAAAUAGAUAUCAGCUCUUUAAAUAGAUAUCAGUAUCUCGAGAUCUAGCUUGUGGCCAUGAGAUAAUUGAGUUCAACAAACAAUAAUAUGGCGUGUGACUCCCUAUUGUCAUUCUGCUGAUGGCAUAUAGAAGAAUAAUCAUUGUUAUUGAAUGUUGUAAGAGUGGUCAAUAAAAGACGAAGAAACAAGUGCUAUUGUUUCUUUCCACAAUGAAACAAGGUUGAUUUUGGUAUUUUUUUUUACA